AUGCUGGUGCCGCUGUUGCUGCAGUACCUCGAGACCCUGUCUGGACUGGUGGACAGUAACCUCAACUGUGGACCUGUGCUCACCUGGAUGGAGCUGGACAAUCAUGGCCGUCGACUGCUCCUCAGUGAGGAAGCCUCGCUCAACAUCCCUGCAGUGGCCGCCGCCCAUGUGGUCAAACGGUACACAGCCCAGGCACCAGAUGAGCUGUCCUUUGAGGUGGGAGACAUUGUCUCAGUGAUUGACAUGCCACCCACAGAGGAUCGGAGCUGGUGGCGGGGGAAGCGAGGUUUCCAGGUGGGCUUCUUCCCCAGCGAGUGUGUGGAGCUGUUCACUGAGCGACUAGGUACUGGGCUCCAGGCAGACAGCGACGGCCCCCCAUGUGGCAUCCCAGUGCCCCAGGGUGUCUCCUCUCUGACCUCAGCUGUGCCCCGGCCGCGUGGGAAACUGGCUGGCCUCCUCCGUACCUUCAUGCGCUCUCGCCCUUCGAGACAACGGCUGCGGCAGCGAGGGAUCCUGCGGCAGAGGGUGUUCGGCUGUGACCUUGGGGAGCACCUCAGCAACUCAGGCCAGGACGUACCCCAGGUGCUGCGCUGCUGCUCCGAGUUUAUCGAGGCCCACGGGGUGGUAGACGGAAUCUACCGACUCUCGGGCGUGUCCUCCAACAUCCAGAGGCUGAGGCAUGAGUUUGACAGUGAGAGGAUCCCGGAACUGUCUGGGCCUGCCUUCCUGCAGGACAUCCACAGCGUGUCCUCCCUCUGCAAGCUCUACUUCCGAGAACUGCCAAACCCCUUGCUCACCUACCAGCUCUAUGGGAAGUUCAGUGAGGCUAUGUCAGUGCCCAGAGAGGAAGAGCGCAUGGUGCGGGUACAUGAUGUCAUUCAGCAGCUGCCCCCGCCACACUACAGGACCCUGGAAUACCUGCUGAGACACUUGGCCCGCAUGGCAAGCCACAGCGCCAACACCAGCAUGCACGCCCGAAACCUGGCCAUUGUAUGGGCUCCCAACCUGCUGCGGUCCAUGGAGUUGGAGUCAGUGACACUGGGUGGAGCUGCAGCUUUCCGGGAGGUGCGGGUGCAGUCGGUGGUGGUGGAAUUCCUACUCACCCAUGUGGAUGUUCUGUUCAGUGACACGUUUGCCUCUGCUGGACUCGACCCUGCAGGCCGCUGCCUUCUCCCCAGACCCAAGUCUCUCGCAGGCAGUGGUCCCUCUACUCGCCUACUGACAUUGGAGGAAGCCCAGGCCCGCACACAGGGCCGAUUGAGGACCCCCACCGAUCCCCAAACCUCUAAGGCCCCAGCCUCCCCUGUGGACAGGAGGAAAAGGGAGAGAGGAGAGAAGCAGCGGAAGCCUGGGGGCAGUAGCUGGAAGACCUUCUUUGCACUGGGUCGGGGCCCUGGGGUUCCCCGAAUGAAACCUCUGCCCUGGCUGGGGAGCAUCCGCACCCCAUCACAGCCUUCAGGCAGCCGAGCUGAUACGGUCACAUUGCGAUCUGCCAAGAGUGAAGAAUCCCUGUCAUCCCAGGCCAGCGGGACUGGCCUCCAGAGGCUGCACAGGCUGCGGCGACCCCAUUCUAGCAGUGAUGCCUUCUCUGUGGGCCCAGCACCGGCCGGUUCCUGUGAGAGCCUGUCCUCCUCCUCCUCCUCGUCGUCGUCUUCGGAAUCCUCCUCCUCCUCAUCUUCUCAGUCCUCAGCAGCUGGGCUGGGGGCUCCUUCUGGGUCCCCCUCACACCGUACCUCAGCCUGGCUAGACGAUGGUGAUGAGCUGGAUUUCAGCCCACCCCGCUGCCUAGAGGGGUUUCGGGGGCUUGACUUUGAUCCCCUUACCUUUCGCUGCAGUAGCCCCACCCCAGGAGACCCUGCGCCUCCAGCCAGUCCUGCACCCCCAGCCCCUGCCUCCGCCUUCCCACCCAGGGCAAUCCCCCAGACUCUCUCACCCCGUGGUCCCACUAGCCCUGCCUCACCCACUGCUCUGGACAUCUCGGAACCCCUGGCUGUAUCAGUGCCACCUGCUGUGCUGGAGCUACUGGGGGCUGGGGGGACACCUGCCUCAGUCACCCCGUCACCACCCCUGCCGCCAGCCCUCAGUCCCGGCCCGGGCUUGCGUCCUCAUCUCAUCCCCAUGCUGCUGCGUGGCGCUGAGACCCAGCUGAGUGACACCUGUCAUCGGGAGAUCUGCAGCAAGCUGGCACUUCCCAGUCCCCGGGCGCCCCAGGGCCAGCAUGGUCCUGGUUUGGAUUCUCCGCUGCUACCCCCACCACUGUCCCUUUUACGUCCUGGGGGGGCCCCACCCCCACCCCCCAAGAACCCAGCACGCCUCAUGGCCCUGGCCCUGGCUGAGCGGGCUCAGCAGGUGGCCCAGAAACAGAGCCAACAGGAGCAUGGGGACACCGCCCCGGCCCCCCGCUCCCCUUUCCGCCGCUCACUGUCUCUGGAGGUGGGUGGGGAGCCCCUAGGAACCUCAGGGAGUGGGCUGUCCCCUAACCCCCUAACUCACCUGGGUGCCUGGGCCCCAGGACCUCCACCCUACCUACCAAGGCAACAAAGUGAUGGGAGCUUGGUGAGGAGCCAGAAACCCACAGGGGCCUCAAGAAGGGGACUCAGAGGCCCCGCCCAGGUUCCUACCCCUAGCUUCUUCUCCCCAGCCCCCCGGGAGUGCCUGCCGCCCUUUCUCAGGGUCCCUAAGCCAGGCUUGUACCCCCUGAGCCCUCCAUCCUUCCGGCCCAGCUCCCCAGCCCCUGUCUGGAGAAGCCCUUUGGGACCCCCUGCACCACUUGACAGGGGAGAGAACCUAUACUAUGAGAUUGGGGCUGGUGAGGGGUCUCCCUACUCUGGCCCCACCCGCUCGUGGAGCCCAUUCCGUUCCAUGCCCCCCGAUAGGCUCAAUGCCUCCUAUGGCAUGCUUGGUCAAUCGCCACCACUCCACAGGUCCCCCGACUUCCUGCUCAGUUACCCACCACCGUCAUCAUGUUUCCCCCCUGACCACCUUGGCUACUCAGUUCCCCAGCACCCUGCCCGGCGUCCAGUUAGGCCUGAACCCCUCUAUGUCAACCUCGCCCUAGGGCCCCGGGGGCCCUCGCCCGCCUCCUCCUGCUCCUCCUCCUCCCCUCCUGCCCACCCCCGAAGCCGCUCAGAUCCUGGGCCCCCAGUUCCCCGUCUCCCCCAGAAACAGCGGGCACCUUGGUGCCCCCGCACUCCUCACAGGGUACCUGGGCCCUGGGUCCCACCGGAACCUCUCGUGCUCUACAGGGCAGCCCCACCAGCCUAUGGGAGGGGGAGUGUGCACCACCGAGGGUCUUUGUAUAGAAAUGGGGGCCAGGGGAGGGAGGGGGCUGGUCCCCCACCCCCUUACCCUACUCCCAGCUGGUCCCUCCACUCUGAGGGCCAGACUCGAAGCUACUGCUGA